AUGAAAGUGAAGUGGAAACCUCCCCCGCAAGGCAUUAUUAAGCUGAAUUGGGAUGCAACAGUUGCAAUAAAGGAAAGGAAGAUGGGGGUGGAGGUCAUUGCUCGAGAUUACACGGGGAAGGUCCUCGCCACUCUGUCUGCACCUAGACCAAUUGUCUCUGAUCCAACUGUUGCGGAAACAAUAGGGGCGUGGAUGUCAGUGGAUUUGACUAGCCAUUUGGGGUUUACAAGGAUUUAUCUAGAAGGUGAUGCGCUAGAGAUUGUUCAAGCCCUAAGGAUGGAAGGGAGUUGUUGGAGUCGCUAUGAACACCUGAUCAAUGAUGCGAAAAUUCUGAUCCAAAAGUUCCAAUUUUGGGAGGUAGAUCACGUCAAACGAGAAGCUAAUGAAGUUGCCCACAUACUAGCCAAGAAGGCGUUAGCUUGCGGAACUACACAAUUUUGUGAAGAGCAUAUUCUCGACUGUAUCAGUCAUAUUGUAUGA